AUGUCUCUGAUUUUGUGGUCGUCUGUGGCUCUAAUUGCGGAUGCUGGGAAUCAUAUGUUUUCCUCAUCACAGAACGUCAAUUCAAGCAUCGUCAUUGAACCGCCCUGCUGUCAACAUCCGCUCAUGCCCACUACUUCACUUCUUUACAGCGUUGCUCGCGUUCUUCCGUAUGAGGUGUGGAUUCGAAUAGCACAGUUCGCCUCCGAGGAAUUGUAUGCACUAGCCCUGACUUCCUCGGAAGUUACUUGGCCUGCCUACGAUUUGCUAUACAGAAACGUAGUGGUUGACCCUGAUCGUUUGUUUGCCGCUGCGGUCCAUUGGAUAAACGGUGAAGAUAGAGUUUUGCGCCGUAUUCGUUCACUCAAAAUCCAUUCCACAAACGAUCAAGAUUGCCAGCUCACCAAUGCCCACUUUGACCAUCGUUUCACAAUUGUUCCUCGUUGGCCUAAGAUGAUUCAACUUUUUUCCCUGACGCCAGUUCUUACCCGCCUGACGCUUUCCGGUCUGAUCUUGGGACCAGGUUUGCCUGGCAUCCUUUUACGAUUACAAAACCUUACGUACAUUGCCCUACGACGUCUUUGUAUCCCAUCGGAUACCGAUAUUGUCUGGCGCCUGCUAUCUCUACCUUCCAUCCUACAACUGGAAUUAACAAUUGUUUGCUGGCACGACGACAACCGCGAUUUCCAGUUCGUCAAUGCAUGUGGAAACAUCACCGAUCUCACACUCAGUUGGCAUUCUGACAGUUAUCUCGCCUGCCAUGACUGUGUUAUUUCACCGCAUCAUGCUUGCCUGACAAUCACGAUUUCAACUAACUAUGGGUCAUGGCCCUCCGACCACUCAAUCUCCGGUCAUCGUCGCACAUUCGUGUCAUUCCUGCGCUCAUUUCGUUCACUAUCUCACCUCAGGAUCAAGGGCUGCAUCCCGACAUUUUCUGCCGUUGAUUUAGACCACACCCCGUUGAGCAAUACCUUGCAGUCAUACCAAGCCCUUGAUCGGUGGAUAUUGUCUACUUCGGGGCGGGCUCUUCAUUGCAUAUGCAGCUUGUCGACGACUGGAAGGACAGAAUCUCCAACACAGGCUCUAUUUUGGGGAGGAUACCAUUAUUUCUGGGGAUGCCUUGUUCUAUUGCAAUAG